CUACCUCCUGGUUCAGGCAGACUGGCUACACGGAGCGAGGCUAGCUGUUAGCUUUGACUGUCUAGACGGCCGAGAUGAGUUUCCUUGGAGGUUUGUUUGGGCCGGUAUGUGAGAUAGAUGUACUGCUGAACGAUGCAGAGAACAGAAAGACAGCUGAGUUGAAGACAGAAGAUGGGAAAGUGGAAAAACACUACCUGUUCUACGACGGAGAGUCUGUGUCUGGAAAGGUGAAUCUAAAUGUGAAGCAGGGGGGAAAGCGACUCGAGCAUCAGGGCAUCCGCAUCGAGUUUGUUGGACAGAUAGAGCUGUUCUCUGAUAAGAGUAACACCCAUGAGUUUGUGGACUUGGUGAAAGAGUUGGCUCUACCUGGAGAACUCACGCAGAACAGAAGCUAUGACUUUGAGUUCAUGCAGGUGGAGAAGCCCUACGAGUCCUAUACUGGAGCGAACGUCAGGCUAAGGUAUUUCCUCAGGGUGACAAUAGUUCGCCGUCUGUCUGACUUAGUGAAGGAAUACGAGUUAAUUGUCCACCAGUUAGCCACCUACCCAGAUGUCAACAACUCGAUCAAGAUGGAAGUCGGCAUAGAAGACUGUCUUCACAUCGAGUUUGAAUACAAUAAAUCCAAAUACCACCUGAAGGACGUGAUUGUUGGGAAGAUCUACUUCCUGCUGGUCAGGAUCAAGAUCCAACACAUGGAGUUACAGCUCAUCAAGAAGGAGAUAACAGGCAUUGGUCCCAGUACUACCACUGAGACAGAGACGGUUGCAAAGUAUGAGAUCAUGGAUGGAGCUCCAGUUAAAGGAGAAUCCAUCCCUAUCAGACUGUUCCUGGCAGGAUAUGACUUGACACCCACCAUGAGAGAUGUCAACAAGAAGUUCUCUGUGCGCUACUUCCUUAAUCUGGUGCUGGUGGAUGAGGAGGACAGAAGAUACUUUAAACAACAGGAGAUUGUUCUGUGGAGAAAAGCCCCAGAGAAGCUGAGGAAAAGAAACUUCCAUCAGCGCUACGAGUCACCGGAGUCCCGAACCCAGCCAGUUAAUGCAGAGCAGCCAGAGAUGUGAGGGUGAAGCUAUGAACUGAAAAUACACACAGACUGCCCCACAGACAGACACAGGCUGCCCCACUAUCUCCCUGGACUGAGAAAUGUCUGUAUACAUGAAUACACAUAACAUACCUUCAGAUCCCCCCCCCCCUCACCACUUCACAGCUUCACAUAUGAGCUGUCCUACCACCAUCACUGGCUCCCCCAGGACUGAAACACACUUGCAUACAGAUGCACAAGUCUGCUGAAUGCUAAAUGUCAAAGCAAGAGUGCAAAACAUACCAACCCAAGUAAAGAACAGUGAGGCAGCUUAUUUCAUCCUGACGCCUCGGACUGAGAACGCACACUCUAGCACACACACGUGAAGCCAUACAGUUUGCUGAGUGUGUAAUAAACAGGAGCAAAGUCGGAAAAGAGGAGAUGGCGACACACAACCACCACGUCAUUCAUCUCAACAGGAGUUUCCUUUGGUUACAUAUUUGGACAGCACUUAUCCUGGACAUUCUCUGACGUCCUCCCUCCCAACCUCCUACAAAAUGACGGUUUCUCGAAAUGGAUUGGCUUGCAGGUAUUUAAGUCAUGUGGGGACUAGCUUGAACAAAGGACAUGAGAGGCUAAGCUAUGCGUUGAUGAGAUGUUUAUACACAAUACUUGAGUUUGGGAUACGGUGAUGCCACUGUGCUCUCGUCCGUUCAUCUUGCUGUUUUUUUUAGGUAUGUUGCAACAGUCCACAGAAUGCUGUAAAAUGUCAACUUGAUUGAAAAAUUAGUGCAACAAAUGUCCAUCUUAACAUAAAUUUAAUCCUAUAUUUAAUCUUAUAAUGUGGCUUCCAGUGUUGACAUUUCAAUGUCAUUUAUUUCAUAAAAUUAUUUAAAUGAAAUCAUAUAGAGCUGCAACUAAUCAUUAUUUUCAUUAUUGAUUUAUUUAGUCUAUAAAAUGUCACCUCGGGCACAAUGUCCUAGUGCCCAACAUGACAUCUACAAAUGACUUGUUUUGUCUGACCAUCAGUCUAAAACCCCAAAAAUAUUCAAUUUACAAUUACAUGAUAGAAAGAAACGCAGAAAAUGUUUGCAUUAACUUAUAUAGAAUCAGAGAAUGUGAGUGUUUCCUUAAAAAAAAAAA